GCUCAAAGUUGUUCGUUGCCAGCCUGAAACUAGCGCAUUGGUACUAUCAGGCAUAUCGACAAACCAUAUGGGGGCCAUACUGCUGAAUUCCCCAGACAGAAGCUGCCACCAGUUUCAGCUAAACGAUAGAGGGAGUACUGUUGCUAGCAUUGGCCAUUGAUGGGAUUGUCCAUUCCUCAAAGAGUUCAGCGUGCAUCUGAGUCGCUGUCAAAUUUGGCUUUGCUUAGCUUUCACAAGAUACUAGUAGCAGGCUAUUGUUAUCACCUGAGGCAACAGAAGAUGGAGAGUGCUCGUACAUCGCCGGCGUUAAAGACCGAGCCCGUGUCAGGUGGCUUCAGCGUGGAGCCGGUCUCUCCACGGGCUUCCUCGGGGACAAAUCGCAGUGGCUUCGGGGACAGCUACGCUUGUGACUUGAGCGCCUUCCAUCAAAUAUUUCCAUGUGGGCAUGAAGGAUUACCCAAAAAAUCCCAAUUUAUCUGCAGGGAUGCAAGAACAGAGGCAGGGAAAAGAUCAGAAGGAGAGCACCCAGGGAAAGGAAAGGAAGAAAGGUUACCAAAAGCAGCAUGCAUGAAUGCAAGAAAAGGGCAGGCAUGAGUAGAGGAGAGGAUUAAGAGUGAGAAAAGAAUACCCACACACCAAAGCAACUUUGCAGCUACUACCUCUCUUCGAUUCGAUUAAAUAACGCUGCAACCUGCACACACCAAGAUGCACCCACCCCAGCCCACCCAUCUCAGCAAUGGCAUUCUGAAUUUCUUCUUUCACUUCUAGAUGCACGCAGCACACUAGCUAGCCUGCUAUGAUCAAAUCAGCUUCUGCCUUGACUAAUUUAUUAACCGACCAAUGACCAUCAUCCCGGAGUUACCCGUGGUAAAAGAAGCGCUCUGAAAUUUGGUGUACUCCAUUGACCGGUGAUCUGAUCGAUUGUACGAUUAGCUCUGACACUCCCUUACAGCCCAGCAGUUUGUCGCUGGCAAGCGGAUCUAUCUGAAUUUGCACAUGGUUUUAGUGGCCAGUUUAUCCCUGAAAUGCAAACAAUUUUUACUUGAACAAAUGCAAAUACUUUAGUUACAUGGGACUUUAAAGUUACGUGUCUUUUGUUACUGACAUGUGGUUCAAAGAUGUCGUAACUUUAAAAGCAGAGGAUCUUAAUCAGUUAUGCACUAGUAUUCUACUAAAGUUUUUCACUAAU